CGCCGAAGGGGAAACGGUAGCAACCAUAGACAGUAAAAGAAGUAGCAACCAACUGAACAGCUGUGAGCAGUUUCGGUUUUCUUACGUCAUUCCGUCUGCAGCAUUAUAUAGCGGUGGUACAAACUCUUGUGCUACGAUCUUCUAAAUCAUGAAACGUGGACUGUUCACCAUAAUUGGGGUCACAGCUGGGGCAGUUGGAGCAGUUGCAUUGGCUCCGGUGGCGCUCACCAUGGCUGGAUUCACCUCCGCUGGUAUAGCAGCAGGUUCUAUGGCUGCCAGCAUGAUGUCAUCAGCAGCCAUCGCCAACGGGGGCGGUGUGGCUGCAGGAAGUUUGGUCGCGCUCCUCCAGUCGGCAGGUGCUGCUGGACUUUCUGCAGGUGCGGCAGCAGUCGUGGCAUCUGUGGGUGGAGCAGCAGGUGCUGUAGUAGGUGGAGCUGCAGAUUUGCUUUCUCAUUCCAAGAGUCCACCUCCAUCUGAUGACGAAGACGAUGAAGAGGAGGAGGAAGAGAUGAUGAAUUUGCUGACGACCAAAGAGCUUAUGCCAAAAUAGACUGUCAGUUAAUAACUGAUGAUGACAAUGUAUUUGUGUGAGCACUUUGUGUAGUCUUAUAAUAACUGUAUGCACCUGCAAAUACGAGGGAUGCAUUUUGUUUUGUUUUUCCCUGGCUUUAUGAAAAUUAAACAUUUGUUGUAUA